GACAUUAUAUCUUUAUAUAUUGGCAUCACUGAUGCUUCUUUCCAGAUGGUUUCUCCAGUGACUAAUUCGUAAUAGUCAAAGUUGGAAAAGAGUGGUUUUAAGCCGGUGCAUGUUCCUGAAAUGAAUUUUUAAACUUUGAGGAAAAGAGAUUGCAGCUUUAAGUUAAAAGCUUCAACCUUCAUUGGAAUAGAAAUUACAUAAUGACAGAGUAUAAGCUUGUAGUUGUGGGAGCUGGAGGUGUUGGCAAAUCCGCGCUUACAAUCCAACUAAUACAAAAUCAUUUUGUAGACGAAUAUGAUCCUACUAUAGAAGACUCUUAUAGAAAACAAGUAGUUAUAGAUGGAGAGACAUGCCUUUUAGACAUAUUAGAUACAGCUGGUCAAGAAGAAUACAGUGCAAUGAGAGACCAGUAUAUGAGGACUGGAGAAGGAUUUUUAUUAGUCUUUGCUGUAAAUUCGGCUAAAAGUUUCGAAGAUAUAGGAACAUAUAGGGAACAGAUAAAAAGAGUUAAAGAUGCAGAAGAAGUACCAAUGGUGUUAGUAGGGAAUAAAUGUGAUCUUCAGCAAUCUUGGGCAGUAAAUAUGACACAAGCAAGAGAAGUUGCCCGUCAGUAUGGUGUGCCUUUUGUUGAAACUUCAGCUAAGACUAGAAUGGGAGUAGAUGAUGCUUUUUAUACCUUGGUGAGAGAAAUACGGAAAGAUAAAGAACAUAGAGGUAAAGAAAAAAAGAAACGGAUGAAGACAGGUAACUCAAGCCGUAGGAAACAUCGGUGCUGUUUGCUUUAAAUCACUGAAUAAUGUUAAUUCUCUCAUUUGGCACAAUUUUUUCUAUACAUUGGGAGGGAUAAAGAACAAAAUAUAUAAUAGUAUUGUAUUAUAUCGCAUACAUUUUUACUCUUGAAGAUAAAUUUCAUAAAAUACAUUAUUUGUUCAACAGUCUGCCAUAUAACUCUUAAUAUUCCAUUAGCAGAAAAAUUUUAACCCUUGAUUGCGUAGAAUAGUCAGUAUCAAAAAAAUAUUUUCUAGGCCAUCCACUUCUUUUAUUAUAUUAGACGUGAAAAAAGUAUUAUCUAAUCAAAGAAUUCUAUUACUAUUAUGGGUGGAAAAAAUAUUUUAUUCGUUAAAUUUAACAAAUUCCAUUUUAUAUAUUUUAUUCAGAUAGUUCAUAAUUUUUUAACUUAUUAAUUAAAUAUGUUUUUAUUGUGUAUUUUUUCAUUUUAGUGUGCAUAAUAAAAGAUUACACUUUCCUAAACAAAAAGAUACAAGCCAUAAAACUCAAAAAACUAAAACGUGGAUAACUCAUUUUGUGCUGUGAUGAAGUAAUUUUAAGCAUGCCAUGCUAGUUAGAUAUUACUGUAAUUAAGUAUGCAAUUUUCACAAAAACGCCUAUUUACUAUUUUAAUAGUAGAUGGUUGGCGUUUUCUUUUUUUAGUGCAAUUAAAAACGUAUACUUGAGAUUUCUUAUAUCUAUAGAAACUAACAGGAUAAGUUGUUAAUUUCUAUAGCAAUGUUUUUAUACGUUUGCAGUAGGGAAUGAUUGGUAGAUAUGAAGUUAUUCUGAUUAUUGUAUAAAUAUAAGCGUCAUUUUUAUCUAUCAUUGUUGUUUCCAUGUAUAAUAAAAAAAACCUAUAAAAACUAUAAUUUUUUUUAGGGAUUAUAUUGCAAACCAGAGUGAAAGUUUCCAUUGAUAUUUGAAUGUCUAUUAUCGCCUGUAUGUAAUAGUAAUGAGAUAUCGCAUUUUGCCACAUCUUUUUAUCUCUUCAUCUUAUCAUUUUCAUGUUAUCUUAGUCACGAUUGUAUUACGAGAAACGUAUAAUUUUAAGGCAUUAUAAAUAUCAAUUGUAAACUUUUAUUGUAAUCAUAAACUUUAAUAUUUGUUCAGACAAUAAUGCCAUCACAUUUCAACGAGACAUGUAUGUAUAACAUAAAGGAUCCAUUUUUUCUAUAAAAUCUAUAUCGAAAUA